CCCGUUAUAGUCAGGACGGUACACGAGCGGAUCAUCGAUAGUUUCACUCCCAAAAUGUACGCGCAUCCUACCAACCAGAAGAUUCUCCGUGACUAUUCGACGCUGUGGAGCGACAUUAUUCAUCAGACCAAUGGGCAUACGCCAACCUAAGCGUCAUCUCAUUGCGAAGACGCUAAGAACGUUUCUCACGUAGAGUAUGUUUCUCUCGGUCUCGAAAGCUGCUCGUCAGGAAGGACUUCUCUUCACCCUUCUGUCUCAACAACAAUGACAAGUCUUAACAUCUUAUCUGUGACACUAGACUUGUGGCUCGUGUUGCGACAGUGGAAUCCAUCGGAUGACCACCCUUGACGUUCCCUGGUGCCAGAGGUGGGUUGCCGCACGCGAACAACCCAAAUGCUGUUGGUUUACGUGUUUACGGUUGUUUUGCUGCUUGAGACAUCAAACAGUAAUGACGGUUGCACUCUGGUCCGUUAUCUCAUGCACCACACGCCUCGAGUAUUUCUGUGUGAGUCAUGCUGCAACAGCUUCACACAUUAUGUUCUACAUCGACCAGACUAACUGUGGCCCCUGUUUUUCAAAAGCUGCGUUGGCAACGGAUCUUUGGCGAGCAGUUGAUGUGCAUGUCACUUUUACAGCGCUGUCGUAGGCUUGUUCGCGAUCUUUGGCGAGAUGAUUAUUAUUUGGGCUUGUCUGGAAGUUUGUUGUAAGCCUCAACAGUGAGCACGUUUCUGCUUUGUUAUUUCUAGGGGAAUACUGCACUGCACCUCCCUCAUCAUCCCCGCACCUGCACAAACCUUGGGUCUGCCACAACAUCAUCGAGCAGUAGCUGAGUAGAACACAGAAGGACGAAAAGGCUGCAGCCCUUUGGAUCCGGCUUCCUACAUGGCACUCCUUCCCAGGCCGGCACGCCCUGCUUAGCAAGGUGGGGAAGUGGUAAAUGUUCAUUCAAGCCACUUCUGUGCGUCGCUACAGUCAUUUCGUUUGGCCGAGUUCACGCCCUGGUUUUCUGGGCUUCUUUGUCAACAGGCUUUGGUCCUCACAUCCACUGCACGGUAGCCGGUGGCGCGUGCGGCGGAGGAUGCGGGCACUGUGGUGAGGCGGGCCCAAUUGCAAUUGCGUGCGAUCCCAGGGGUCCAGCCGUUGUCGGCUGCAUGUCCGGUGGCCAAUGCUGUCCACCUGUGGGCAUCCCAAUCACUCCUGGAUGCUGUCCAGUUGACGGUGGAGGCUGUGACCGAGUUGGUGGCAGUCUUCGCGCUACUUCUGGGCCGGUCGCCAAGAAAAGAGCAGGUGCAAAACGAGAAAAGGUCGAAAAGGCCACGUGGUUGUUGAAACUGACACUCACUCGAGUAGCAGCAGUAGUGACGACGAGUGCGUUCCAGCCAUUCGGACACACGUUCUCGGCGCUCGUAACACACGAAGCCGGCCUUCUAGUCCUCGGCGUCGAGCCUGCUCUCCCUCGAGAUGUGCGUCUCCUACACCUGACCCAGAGGUCGGCUGCCAACGGCAUCGCAGCUGCAGUUCCUCGCCUUCUCCACACCCACCCUGGCGCCGUCGCCCUGCUCGUCCCCUGCCACAUCGCCGGCCACCAUCUCGACGCCCGCCUUCUGGUCACAGACCUCGGCACCCUGCCCACUCUCCCGCUCCGCCUCUGCAGAGACCUAGGCACACCUCUCAGUCUCCACCUCCUAGCUGUCGCCACAAAGGACCGCCGCCUUCCUCAGGCGAGAGACGAUCCAGCCGUUGUCGUUCUCCGCACCCACCAAACAGACGCCACCGAGCUGCCUCAGCUGAAACACCAUAUCGGCACGCGAGACGGAGGCCGAGACCGUCUCACGGUGACCCGCCGCCGCCUCCCGGUGGACCACAGGGACAUCCGCACAAGCAUCCGUUUCGUAGCCACUCGAAACCUGUCGGGUCCAGAGGGAGAAGCAGCCACGCUUAUCCUAGAUCCCUGUCCCCACGCCCGCGCGGACCCCCCGGGGGUGGGCGACGCUUCAUCGGAAGCAGCCCGCUGCCCGCCGAAACCCCACACUACAGCUGUGAGGCUGUGCCAUAUUCCCCCGCAAUCUACCCCGCAACACCUUCUGUCUCACCUUUCCCCACUCGAGCACUUCCUCACUAUCGAGGCUACACACUCCCAGUGUCACCGCCGCUCAUACAGCGUCCCCACCAGCCGUUGCCCCACGGUCCUGUGAUGUCAUUCUCUCCUCGACCUCCACCGGUCUUGAAUGGCAAGUACCCUUGGGCGCUGGGCAUCAACAGAGAGCCACUCGUUCUCCCUCCUGCAGUCCGGCUACCCAGACAUCCUUUUCUGACCACGAUAUGAUAAGGGCCUUGGUCCUCUCACCUUGUAGGUUACUGAGGAGAGUAUUUGGAGAUGCCCGAAAGAAAGGAGCAACAACAAGAGAAAAAACGCACCCCCUAGGCCCCCCUAGACCUGUUUCCCGACCGACUGCCGUGCCUCGAAUUUGAGCGGGAGGUGCACUUUCGAAAUAGUCGAUAUUCGGUGUUUACCUGUAGCAUGUGCUAGUACGUAUUUCCCUCGAAAUACACGGAAAGUGUCACCUUUUACUUCCUGUUUUUCGGGUUUGCGGAUUCAUCAUCGCACUUGUACCAACGUUUCGCUUCUCUCAUGUUAUAUAAACACGCCUCUAUAGCUUCAAGUUCCUCGUCACGCUGUGAUCUCUACCCCAUUUGCUUCAUGGUGUACUGCGGGCUUCCACGUGGGUGUCACCGGUUUCACUCGCUUCUCCUGCCUAGAAAGAACUUAGUCCUUCUCUUGACUCCCAUUCUUCGGGAACUUAUAUUUUUGCCGCGCGGGCAUUGUAGCGUUGCAGUUUUGCGUUCGUCUCUUAUGGCCGAGCUUGUAGGACUGCGACACGUCACAGCGGCUGGACCUCGUGUGAAAAACAAGGAAACUUAAGUCAGAAUUCAAAAUCCACACAUCAGGACAAAUCCAAGCUAUGGCGUGCCGUCCACGUUUCACCGAAGCACCACAGGCGCACCGUUACCGCAUAAAAAAUUGAUAAACAUUUUCCAAAAACGCUACUUUGAACCCACUUUUGAAGAAUCAGACCGUAGGCCGUCGUCGGUGCCAGGCCAGCUGUUCUUACAGAGCUUCCGCUACUCCUCGGAUCCCGUGUAGGCUUGAGUGAAAUAAAACGCAUGCGUAUAGACAGUUUACUGAACGUAUAUGAUACGUUCCGUGGCAGCAGCUAGAAUACGCACACACACCCACACAUCUGUUUUCCCCUCUAAAACUGAGAAACGCAAGUGUUUCUCCUUGUCCCUGUUUCACCACCUACCCAUAUAGAAUUCACCCGCAUGUGC